UCUCUCUCUCUUUCUCUGCCCCUCUCCCACUCGUGCUGUCUCUUUCUCUCUCAAAAUAAAAUAAUUUAAAACAAUAGAAAAUGUGAGAGAGGGGUGUUAUGGGAUUAUAUACAAUUUACAUGUCACAAACGUGUGUGUGUAUGUGUGUGGAAACGAGAGAGAGCGAUGGCUUCUGGGAAAAAGUGGUACCUGAACUGAAUCUUGAAACACCGGUGGGAAUCCACCCAAGCUGUUCAAGGCAGAGUGGCCAUCUGCAAUUACAUCCCGCCUUCAGAGUAGGUGAAAUUCCAGAAGGCUUUAGAGACUCUGCCCUGGAUUACAGUGCUUCCCCAAACAUCUGUGGACAGGAAACAUUUCUAGAAGAUGUUACUAGAUAGAUGUGCAGAGAGAAAACUGUGAACAACAUCUCUCUACUUUCUGCAUUGCUGGAUUUCUCUGGGGCUUUAAUAUGCUAAUGAGCAUCAAACAGCCAGAUCCUUCUUCUGCUGAGCACAAAUUAUGCUCUCUGCGUUGAAUAGUUUUGGAAAAUGUAUAAAGUGCACUUCUCUAUGAGGUGUGGAGCGAUAAAUCAUUCAGUAACACAUCCUGCCAUCCUGGGUGUAAUUGGUGACCCGGUUGUAAAACCAAACUACAUUGUGCCGAAGACGAUAUGAAUGUGACCGAGUGGGUAAACGACAGCAUGUUAGAUUACUGGACACUUGUCAGUAGUUCGUGCACAAUUCAGUCUUUCUCUGUGUCGCAUCUGAACGCCUCUCACCCAGGCUUUAUUCUGUGUCACUGGACUGCAGUAGAGACAACCUGGCUUAGCAGCAUGUGCCAUGGACAGAGGAUACAUAUUGGCUCCAUUCGUGGAAACCUCCAAGAGCGGAGCCUAUUUUUUAUUCAUUACGCUACGGGCUGUUGCAGAGACCCAGCAAGAGGUGGCACGGAGGGACAGGCAGUGGCAGUCUCGGGGACUUGAGAUUUCAUCCUCCAGGUAGUAGGAAGCCUUCGGAGACUCUUAACCAGUGGCAUGUGAUGAUCAGGGUGGACAACUGUGGCCUGCAGUUCCCGGACAGCCUAAUGUGGGAGCAAUGCGCCACAGAGCUCAGUUUGAAUCCCGGCUGUCAACGACUUAGAGCCAUGGCCCUGUGCCAUUCCCGCAGCCCACCGUGUCCAGCUACAGACCACCCUCCUCACGCAUCAACACAAGGUCAAUGGUAGCCUAAAGCGGCAUCACAACGGUUAUGUCGUUCCCGUGCCUUCAUCUCGUCACGUGCGCGUUUUAUCAUCUCCCGUCACCACAAGAAGCGAACGUACAGUCACAUAGAGAAAGAAUCUCAAUUAUCUGGGCUACUCUGAGCUACGUGAACAUUGCUGAGAACAGUCAAGAGCCCCAAGAAACAAUUUGCCCCCCUGCUCCAGCCCACAGUCAGGGUUGUCAUGUUUACCCGGCAUCUGUGUAUCACCUCAACACCAGGGCCACAGAUCUCCCCCGGGAUGCAUUCUUCAAAGGUGUGCUGGAAGAUGGACUGUCCUCCAACGGCGUGCCCCGAUCGACAGCCCCAGGUGGAAUAUCCAACCCAGAGAAGAGGAUGAGCUGUGGGACCCAGUGCCCGAAUCCCCAGAGCCUCACCUCAGGCCCUCUGACCCAGAAACAGAAUGGCCUGCGGACCACGGAGGCUAAAAGAGACGCUAAGCGAAUGUCUGCAAAAGAAGUCACCAUUAAUGUUACAGACAGUAUCCGACAGGCAGACAGAAGUCGAAGAAUCUCGAAGAACUGUGUUAACUAGCAGGAGCGUUCGGCUGGCAGCGCCGAUGGACAGCUCUGGUGCCCUCCACCUACUGGAGCCCAUCAAGGAGCCUUGAAGAAGCGGGUGGCCCCUGCUGGACGUGAGCGCUGCUGAGUGCCCCGAGGGACCGUCUUACCGGGCAGGGAGCGGCUGCCUGGGCUGCGGGGACGUUCUCGGCGCCCUCCUCACCACAGAGCUGUACUGGCACAGUGCUUGCAAACGGUGAUACGCUGCAGUGACGGUGCCUGUCUGCAGCCCCUGCGAUGCGGUCUGACGUGGCCGUGGUGAGCGAGAGCCACGGGCGGGUUUGUGACACGGAGAAAAGUGGACGGAGUGCGUUUCCUGGGAGAACGACGCGCACGUGGGCUCUCAGCCCCGCUGGCCGUGGCGGUGUGCGCUCUGGCGGGUCGGCCUGUUCCUUCGUUCUGUCUUUCGGAAGGAAGCCCACCGUCGGCAAGCCUACCGUGUUCACUUCACAGUCGUCUUCCGCCCACCUGUAAACCCAGGUGUAGGAGAGACCGAGAAACAGGGAAAACCCCUGUGACACCCGUCUCCUGAGCUCAGUCCGAGACAGAUUCAGAGAUCCAGUGUCACACAAACUAACCCCGCCCGCGCUCACAGCAUGUUUGGGGAGGUCUCUGUGAUGCAGUCACACCUGUCUCUCAUCUGCCUUCAGUGUCCCCCCCCCCCCCAUACAGGUGUCCGUGUCUGCCCACGUACCGCAAUAUCGUGGUCACCGUGGUCAACACAUCCGACCAGGACGGCCCUCAGGGCUUAGCCAGACAUUGCAUUUCAGAGCGUCCCAGUUGUCUUCGCUUGUGCUCUUGAGUGUCUGUUCUCUCCAGUUGGGUCAUUUGCAGUUGUUAAUCAAAGCGUAGACACUGCUCGCAAGAGGCAGAUAAUCCAGAACAUACUGGCAGCACAUAGCCUCUCGUACACAGCGCCAGGCCUAGGGCUACGUCGUGUGCUGUCCGUGAAGGAAUCGCUUUAUUUUUUUUUUAACGUUUAUUUAUUUUUGAGACAGAGAGCAUGAACAGGGGAGGGGCAGAGAGAGGGAGACACAGAACCGGAAGCAGGCUCCAGGCUCUGAGCUGUCAGCCCAGAGCCCGACGCGGGGCUCGAACCCACGGACCGCGAGAUCGUGACCUGAGUUGAAGUCGGACGCUUAACCGACUGAGCCACCCAGGCGCCGGAAGGAAUCGCUUUAGAAAGGCAGUGCCGAGUUGAUGUGCCAUCACAUUGACCGACGUGCACUGUGUUAGAAAUCAGAGGCAGUAAAAAAAAAUAUUUUGAUAGAUUAAAAUUAUCUAACAUUUCUUUACACGUGUUAGGUGGAAGCAUCUUCCUCCAAAGUAAUGUAGCAUAAUUUUAAACGAUUGUUAACAUGCCUGGACUGGGAAAGGUAGGACUAAAGUUGUACCAAAUGAUACCAAUAAACUCCAUGUUUAGCAGAAA